GUAUUAACGACAUGCUUGUUAUAUCUACAAAAUGUGUAGUCUACGUAUACAUGUAGGUAGUGGGGGGAGUCCAUUGGUAAUACUAGGUGUUUUGUUAUGAGUUGUACGGGUUUGACGUCGUAGGGUUUAUAAGUCUAUGGAGACCGUAGUGUACAAUGAUCUAGCUACCUCAGAUUCGACAGAAAGGUUUGGUAGAUGCGAGUCGUUGUCUGACAUACGACAUGGACCUUUCGGAAGUAUCGGAGCAGGAACACCCGGAUGUAGAGGGAGCAGUCCCGGGAAAACAGCCGAAAACGGUAUAUGUAAAAGUAGUGUUUCUGAAACUCGGCGAGAUAGAGACGGUGAAGGAGCAGUUUGUGGCUGACGUCUUUAUACAGGCAAGAUGGCGGGAGCAAGUUCUGGACAGUUGCAAAAGUGAAAAGGUGGACUUCAACAAAUAUUGGAAUCCAAAUAUUCAGAUACAAAACCUGACUUCGUCAACAAAGAGAAACAAAUGGAAUGAGAUUCGUUUUGGAAAAUCCGGUGAAGCCUUUAUAGUUGAGAGACGACGCAUUAGCGGAACGUUCACGGAGAAAAUGGAACUCGAGGAUUUCCCUUUUGAUUCGCAAGACCUCAGUAUACUUAUGACGUCAGAUCUGCCGGUAAAGGAGGUUAUACUUGAGGAGGACAAUCAAGACUUGUCAACAAUUAAUGUGGCCAGCUUUGCCGACGAACAGGAGUGGUUUCUUAGUGACCAUGUGGAAAGCAACAAGAGUGUUAUACGGAAGGAGUUUACCCAGAGUAAGAACGUCGAGUUUCCGGUGUUACGUGUCAGCUGUAUCGCCACACGUCAAUUCAUGUUCUUCGUUUGGAACAUCAUUAUCAUCACGUUCAUCAUCAGCACGCUGUCGUUCGCCACUUUCUCUGUUGACCGGACCCUUCCACAGAACCGUCUACAGCUGGCCUUCACUCUAACGCUCACCGGGGUCACGUUCAGGUUCGUGGCCAAUCAGAGCCUGCCUAAAAUAUCCUACCUGACAAAGCUGGACAAAUACAUCUUGUUCUGCAUGAUCUUCAACUUCCUCGUGAGCGUGUGGCACGCGGGCGGUUCACAGAUCGACGACGGUACAGCGGCUGACGGUCAACACGAUUUUUGGGCCUUUAUCUUCUUCAUCAUCCUGUACUCCUCAUUUCAGCUUCUGUUCUUCCUUACCGUCCUCAUCAGGUAUUUGGUUGCGAGACAGAAAAUCGAGAUGAAGAUGAAAGCUUACCAAGAAAAGGCUGUGCUGGUCCUGGGACAGAAAUGGUCAAGUAACCGCCGGGUGAAGUCGGACAGAAACAGUAACCGGAUUAACCCGACACAGUUCUGAACCCGGAUGUUGUCACGUGAAAAAGGAAUUACAUCAGUAUCUCGCGUUCUGGUGUAUUAAGUAUGAAUCGGAGUAAAUGCGAUUGCAAGCAAUAGCGCAUUUGAUUUUGCCUAUUACAGACAUUAUUUGUCUUCUUUAUUACAAAAUAAACAACAGAACUAAGAACCUCGUGAAACACUUUAUACUCGACACACACUUUAUACCCGACACACACUUUAUACUCGACACACACUUUAUACUCGACACA